UGUAAACAAAUGGACUCAACGUUUUACAUCAAUAUUCCUUGACUUUGACCCUCAUUCUCCUCCAGCUGGAUUAGAUUUGAGGCCGACGGAGAGGAUGGCCGGCCGGUCGAACAGCAGCGCGACGCCCCUCCAGCGCCCCUGGUGGUGGUUCUCGAUGGGGCGCGAGGGGGGCGGACCCACCUACUACGGCAGCGCUGGUCCGUGCCCCUCGAUCGUGUGGAACGCCGACGUCAUCUACUGCGUGUGUUUCUUCUCGGUUCCGGUGGUGACCUUCUUCCUGCUGCUCCCGUCGUUCAGGCAGAGGCACUGGGUGUCCUUCCUCGUGAUGGUGCUGAGUUUGCUGUCAGGUUUCUUCAUGACGUGCGCCUUCCACUCCUCCUCGUGGCUGGUGGGGGAAGUGGAGGUGGAGGCGAGCAACGGCCCCGCCCAGCCUCCGACUAGAGGGUCGCUGGGGCUGUGGGCGGGGCUGUGGCACGCCAACCUCACGUACGAGUCGUCCAGCCUCUCCCUCAACGAGCAAGUGACCUGGACGAAGCGCCAGGACAUGAUCCAGGCCCGGCGACUGGCGCUGGAAAAGGGCUGGCUGUGGCCCCUGGUGAGCCUGGUGUCCGAGCUGAGCGGCGAAGGGCGGGCGUGGAGGGGAGACCUCGGGGACGGGAUGAGGUACGCCGGGACGUUCAGCGGCUGCGUCAUGGUAGCGUCCAUGUACAUGUGGGUGGUGUGCGUGGUCCUCCUCAGCAUAGCUCCUGAGUUGACUGCACGAUCCCUGAUGCUGAUGGGAUGCCUGCAGGCGGUCGCGUCCUUCGGCUACGUGCUGUUAUUGUGGAUCCAUGUGCCAAAUAGUAUUACCGUGAGCGGGUCGAAGAUGCAUCUGCACCUCGGAUGGGCUUGGUGGUCCGUGUGCGUGAUGGGCGUUUUGUUGGUUACUUUUGGUGUCGCGUUGCUCCUCUAUGACUUCAGGUAUCCGAAGCAGCUCUAUACCAUUUUUGAACUGUAUGCCGACACCCCCUAUCACCGCCUCUUUCAGGAAAACCUCAAGUGUUCCUUAGAAUUUGAGUCGGAGGACGAAGAGUUCAAAAAGGUGUACCCACCAUGUUACUGGGAUCUACGGAAAUAUAAUAGAGAUGAGAAAGAAGUAAAUAAUAACCUGCAGGAAAUGACAGAGAAAGGACAAACCUGUAAUAAGACCGUAGUGGAGAGAGUCUUCGCCAACAGCGACACUGGCAAACUCAUUUUCCGCACUAAGAAGGACAAGCCAUGUGCGACGGAAACACAGGACACGGUAUCCCCUCCAACAAACACGGACCACACUCCCUUUCGCAGAGAACUGCCGCCGUCGCUGCGCAGGCGCGUAACUCCAGAGCCGGAUCGACUGAAAGCUGUAGACAGGAACCAACAGCCUCUCGAUCUCUUCUCCGACUGCUUGUCUCCGCUGCCGAAGAAAGACGGUUUCCUGAAGGUCCCGCGCUUCCCCGACCACCUCGACUCUCGCGGCGACUACGAGACUUCAGCUUCUCCGCCCCACUGCAAAGCGAUGUUGAGUUUCCAGGCUGGCGAUCCGGUCUGCGAUGCACCUCGUCUUGUGGCGAAGGAGCUGGAGGAGAAUUCGACCUCCUUCUGAAAGUUAUGAUGGAGUCCUUUGCUGCGUUUCUCUCUGUUCACUCCAGUUACGUUCCUGCCCUGUGCGUGUUCUCUUGCGGAUCCUUAUUCCCCGCAGUCUCUGAGUCAGCAUGCUUUAGAGGCGGAAUUUGCGUAAACUGAGUGUUGGCUGUUUUAUACUUAUAACUUACUGGAAGUGGAUUUAUGUGUAAUUAAAACUAAUAGUAGGAUGUUCAGCUAUUGCCACAUUGAUCUCAAUGUAUUUCCUUACUUGAAAAUAAACUUGAAUGUUUUGUUAACAUAUUUGUAUAUAGUAUCUAAUUCUUGGGCAACUUAUUAUUAUUAUUAUUUUAGCUUAGAUGUGUUACGUAAUUUCUGAAUUGUUUUAUAAUUGU